AACUCCCUGAAUCCCCCAAGGCGCUUAGUCUCGCGAGAUGAGAUUUGUGACGUCGAAUUUCGGUGUUCUGCAAGAGCCAGGAAGUUGAACCUUACCUGCUCUGCUUUCCGGGAGUGCGGACUAUAUUGAUAAAAUCGAGGCUGAAAGCGGGCCUGUUGGCGGUAUGCUAUAGUGGGAGACUGUGUUGAGUCUUCUUAAAAUCGCACACAGUGAAUGAUUAAGGGCACCCUGGGGAUUAUUAGGGAUAUGAACACGCUGGGGAUUCUGUAGCGAUUUGGUCAGGUUCAUUCAUAUAUAUGCUGAUCUGCCAACUGCAUGGCCUGGAAUUAUUGUGAUUUGUAACAAAAAAAAUAUAUAUGUGUGUAUAUAUAUAAUACACAAAAGUCAUGAAUAUCUUGUAAAUGAUAUCCUUAUAAACAGUGAGUUCUGAUGUCAUCAGUUAUAAAUGAAAUCACCAGUAUGACUAAUGAGCUAGAUGUGUUUGUGGGUAACACCACACUAAUAGAUGAGGACGUCUAUCAACUCUGGUUGGAUGGAUAUUCAGUGAGUGAUGCUGUUAACAAUCGACUGAAAAGCGGCAUUCUGGAGCAAACUGGUGCAGGAGCUGAUGUCUUGGAAAGUGACACAAUGGAUCAUUACCGUACAUUCCAAAUGAUUGAGAGGCUUCUUCAUUAUCCUCCAAAACUUGUGCAACAGCUGCUUUUUCAGAUACCCCCGUACAAACAAAGCAUGUUAAUUGAAAGAUAUUAUGCAUUUGAUGAGGCCUUUGUCAGAGAAGUCCUUGGUAAGAAGCUCUCUAAAGGAACGAAGAAAGAUCUUGAUGACAUCAGUUCAAAGACUGGAGUGACCCUAAAAAGCUGCAGGAGGCAGUUUGACAACUUCAAACGAGUGUUUAAAGUGGUAGAGGAGAUGAGAGGCGCCCUGGUGGAGAAUAUCCAGCAGAAUUUCCUGUUAUCAGAUAAACUUGCCAGGGAUUAUGCUGCUAUAGUAUUUUUUGCCAACAGUCGUUUUGAGACAGGGAAGAGAAAGCUCCAGUACUUGACAUUUGAGGACUUUGCUACCUGUGCUGAACACCUCAUUCAGAACUGGACACUUGGUGCAGUGGAUGUAGCAGAUGACAUGGAUAUGGAUUUAGAUAAAGAGUUUCUCCAGGAUUUGAAAGAUCUGAAAAUUCUAAUAACGGACAAAGACCUCCUGGAUCAGCAUAAAAGUUUGGUGUGUACAUCAUUGAGAGGUAAAUUGAGUGUCUUCCAUGAAAUGGACUCGAAUUUUAAGACACUCUCUCGUGCGCUUGUGAACAUUGGCACCAGCCUAACCCAUAAUAAAGAUGUGCGGGAUUUUUUUAUUGACCUUGUAGAAAAGUUUAUAGAGCCUUGUAAAGCUGCUGGUUGGUCUUAUUCAGAUGUCCAGCUCUUUCUAACACAGUACACAGCCUCAGCUCGUGCUCUUGAUGCCUUCAAGCAGCAAGCUCUUUGGGAAAGAUACAUGGGUACUCUCCGGAGCUGUCUUCUGAAGAUGUAUCACAACUGAUCACUUUGGAUUGCUUUUAUUCCUGCACGACUAGAGAUGUACAAUCCUAUAGUUCUUGACAGACUGAAUACUGUAAAUAUGAAUACAGAUAUAUGUAAAUUAUGCACUGCACUAUCUAUUAUAAUUCAUUUCUCCCUCUUUUCUGAACCUGUAUACAAAGUAAGGAAUGUUUUCAUUUCACUAUUACCUUACCUCGCUUACAUCUCUUAUUUCUGUUAAUUGGAUAUAUGUAUGUAAAUAAAUAUUUGUGUGCGGCUUGUGUAAAUAUAUAAAUAGAUAUAUAUAGGAACAACCAUGAUGGCUUUUUAAUAAAAUAGGUUUUAAAAAAAAUUGCAUCUCUUGUAAAGGUUUUCAGAUGGCUAAUAAAACUGAAUCUGA